UAUUUAAUUAUAUUCUCUUUGCAUGCAGUUUGCUUUUUCUGAUCAAAAGACUGCUCCAUAUGCAAGAGCAAGCUUAAAAGAGAUCCGAGUUCAGUCAGAAAUCUGAGGCACAGAUAGAACAGCAGAGUUCCCAUCCCAGCUGAUGAACAAUAUGACACCAGCAACUCGACAAGAAGUUCUUGGCCUUUACCGCAAGGUUUUGCAAAUAGCCAAAAACUGGCAGUCAGCAUCAGGACAGAUAGAGGAAACCAUGAGAGAGAAAGAGUACAUUAGAAAUGAAGCCAGAACAUUAUUCCGAAAAAACAAAAACGUAACAGAUCCAGAGCUGAUUAAGCAGUGCAUAGAAGAAUGUGAGGCAAGAAUAGAAAUUGGACUUCACUAUAACAUCCCUUACCCCAGACCUAUCCACCUGCCUCCUAUGGGCCUUGCCCAUAAACAAGGCCGCAUGUUGCGACACCAGGAAAAGUUAAGGAAGAUUUCUAAGCCAAUCUACCUGAAAUCCCAUGAUGAAGUUUCAUAAGCCACCAUUUAAGCUGUGAUGUGUAAUCACAUCCUUCAAACUGUGAACUGCAAUCCAGGUGAUUUGUGUGCACAACUGUGAAUGGUGUGGUCACUUGCUCACACGUUUCCUGAGGCCAAAAAGCCAAUUGAUCCAUCGUGUAUGAUGGACAAGGUUGGUUUAGUAUUUAUUACAUUUCAACCACUGACUUGUCAAUAAAAGUAACACUUUUUAAGGACUGAGGUGAUACAAAGAUUUCUUUGACAUCAGGACAAACUGCAGCAGGAUUUCCAACUCUAUCUGUAUAAGGGUUCUCUGGUGGUUUGAGGGUUCUCUGUGCUCAGUUGUGACUCAAGACAGUGCCUUGUAUUAGAUCAGCCAGAAUCAAGGAAGUCUGGGACAGUCAAGCAGCCACAGUUCCUCCAGAGCUUCUGAAAGCCAGUAGGAAUACAGUCACUGCACCAUGUACCUGCUCUCCUUCCUCUCUGCUUUGCCUGCUGUCCCUGGAGGAGAGUUCCAGGUUCAUAGUACCUUAUGGAGAAGUUUUGUUUCUGGACAGUAGAAAAGAGUAGAAGUGCCACUACUCCUUUUCCUUUUUGCAAACUGCAGAGGAGUGGCCUAGGCUCCCUAUGUCAGCUUUUUUUCUCCCUUCCUUUGGAGAGGGUGUGGAUGUGAAAUGCAAAGUUUGGAAUGCUAUUACACAACUCUGAGUAAAACAUUCCAGUGUUGGGUUCCUCAAGUUCCCAUGUAUGGACUGGCUGAAAACUCUGCCUUUAGGGUAUCACUAUGGGAACAAGCUUAGGAUGCUUUGGUCUCCUCACAGUGUGUUUUCAGAUGGUCAGCUUUGCAGCAUAAUCAGAACACUGGCUUUCUCAACUAUUAUUUUAAUUUUAGUGUUAAGUUUUAACUCUUAUGUUAUGGACAGAACCCUAACUUUAGUAAAAGAAAGUAUCUACAAGUCUCCUAAGUUUGAGGGGUAUUUCUGUUUUCCAGGUGCCUCAUGAAUAGAAGUAAAAUGAAAUCCUUUCAUGAGUUACCAGUUGUUUUGGCUCCUUUGCAGUCCUCUGACUUUAGCAGGCUGUUGACAGCUUCAGGGAAUUUAGGGGAGCCUUCCAACCUUUAGGCAGGAAAUAACAAUGAGACCAAGCCUGGACAAGAGCCACACUGUACUGGACACUACCUAAGCACAGUCCACAGCGCUUUAAGGAUAACCUGUUCCAGCCUGACAUUAACAGGCAAAAUAAAACAAAUUUGCAACAUG